AACAUUUAUUGUUAGUUUGAGUAUUUGUAUAGAAAAUUAACCAACCCAAUGUGACUUACUUACUUACUUACCAGAAAAUUAUAUAUUACCAGAAAUUUUUUGUAGGAAUACGAAUCCAAUAGUGAUUAAUUUAAAACUUAGCAAAGAUUAAAUUAAUCAGGGUCUAUUUUUAAAAAUGACUCUUAGGAUUAUUUUAAUAAUGCAUACAACUAUUCGAUACUGGGUACCGGUACAGAUGGAGACGACGGAAACUAAUGCUACGCUAGAAGAUCUGUUCCCGGGCGCGGUGUACGAGAUAGGCGUAGCUGCCGUCAGCCACGGACUCAGCAGCGAAUGGCAUACGCUAUACAAACCCGUCCGUCCGUUGCCGCCCAAAUGGUUACGUGUGGAGCGGGCAUCAUCUAAUUCCCUACGUGCACGGUGGGAAGGGCCCGGCAAAGGGGCCCUGGGGUCCUUCCAGCUGCAGUACCGUGCUGACUCCACGCCACAUCCACAGUCGGCGUGGGUUUCUUUGCCACCGCUGCCAGCGAGCUCUACAUCUGAGGAGCUGCCUAAUCUGUCUCCGGGCGAGCGGUACCAGGUGCGGCUGGACACGGCCAGCGAGCCGGCCACCGGCGACGCGGUCACUAGCGGUCACCCGCUCGACGUGUACCAUGUCGUGCGCCCGAGUCCUGUAUCUAACGUGGGCCAGCUGGUGGACACUCGCAACAUGACACUAGAAUGGCCUCGACCCGCGGGUCGCGUGGAGUUCUACUCGCUAAGAUGGUGGCGCGCGGACGGAUCGGAGGGAGCGGGGGCCCAGGGGGCGCGCAACGUCACCGCGGAGGGGGGCGGUCGACUCGCCCGAGCUUUACUCUCUGGCCUCUCACCCGGCGCCCCCUACACGGUCACUAUUGCCGCCCACUCGUAUGAUCUCGUCAGCGAUUUGUUCACUAUGGACACGAGAACGCGACCGUUGAUCCAGUCUGAAAUGACUAUAGUGACAGAAUCUGGCACCGAUGAAGCCGACAAUGAUACCGAGAGCGACACCUCGCCCGCCUCACUGAAAGUGCUGUACACUCGCACACCGGAGUCAGCAAGCACAUUCGAUUCCUAUAGGUUCCGGCUGGAGGGCGAAGGCGAGGGGGCAGAAGGGGCACGUGUAGUGGACCGGCCAGCUUCCGCCGCCCCCCAGCAGGUCCUAUUCACGAGACUAGUGCCUGGACGACUUUACAACGUCACCAUGUGGACGGUGUCACGCAACGUGACGUCACACCCGGUGGCCCGUCAAGCGCGCCUGUUCCCGCGGCCGGUGCCGUGGCUGAACGCGACGUGGGUGGGGGCGCGCGGAGUGGGGCUCGGGUGGGGGGCGCCCGCCGGCGACGCAACCGAUUACGAGCUGCAGUACCUCGCCGACGCUCACACUCUGCGGACUAAUCAUACAUCCGCGCGUGCCUUCAACGUCACAGGACUGAGGCCACACACCAAUUAUACCUUCACAGUCGUUGUCCGCGCCGGUACCCGUGACACUCUGCUGGCACUGUCGCGGGCGCACUCUGCCGAGGUGACGACCCUGGAGGCGGCCCCGGAAGCGCCAGCUGAUUUCCGCGUAAUAGACGCAACGCCCAAUUCGCUCACGUUCGCCUGGGAGAUGCCUAUGGAGUCGCGUCACGGAGAGCUGAGAAAGUUCGUGCUCACGUACGCGCCCACCGACUCGUCGGGGCCCGGCGAUAGGCUAGAGCUGGGGCCCGCCGCCCGAACCGCCACCGCAGCCGGGCUCGCCGCAGGCGCCUCCUAUCGCGCCCAACUCAUAGCCGAGACCGGCGCGGGCGCGGGCCCCCCGGCGACUUUGACGCAGAGCGCCCCUAUAGCUGCGCCCCCACCGCCCCCGCCUGCCGCCACGCCGCGCGCGCUCCGGCAGACGCCGACGACGGUCGCGGUGCGGUUCCGGUCGGACGCGUUCUCACACGCAAACGGCAACGUGACCGCCUACACGCUCGUGCUGGCCGAGGAACCUCGCGCCGAUACACCCCCGCGGCUGCCCUCCUGGCGAGACGUGCAUCGUCUGCCCGUGUGGCCUCCAUACCAGGUGCGUCCUUCCCUCUCUCUGAUACGACCGUAAUGAUGAAGCAUCUUUUAACGAUAUUUGACGACCGCUCGAGGCUCACUCUUCUUUUUUUGUUCUGCCAUUUGGCGGCAUAUGAAGCGAAAAGUUAAUCGACUGACAUACGAGUGUGCGACGGGACAGGUAACGGAGCCGUACUACCCAUUCCAUUCGUCGGCGGUGGAGGAGUUCACGAUCGGGUCGGAGCGGUGCGAGGGGGGCGGCCGUAGCUAUUGCAACGGUCCGCUGAAGCCGGCAACCACGUACUACGUGAAACUGCGUGCGUUUACAGCUCCGGACAAGUUCACGGACACAGCGUACGCCGUCAUACACACCGGUAAACGUCGCCCUGCGAUGGCCACGCUGGAAUCGAUAAUUCACGAUGGGAAUCAGUAUCGCUAUCAUUGUAUCUCGCGUCUCAAAGAAAUAAAAAGCUUUAUCGGCUCACAAUAGGGUCUUGGGCUAAAGUAGC